AUGUAUUGCAUGAUCCAGCAGCAACUCGAGCCACAAUUCAUUGAUCUCGAUGGCCUGCCAUUGGCUGUGACGGUAACUGUCGCUAUCAAUUUCUAUGCCUCAGCAGCUUUCCAGGAAUCAUCAGGAGAUCUGUCCGGUAUAUCCCAGUCUGCAGCACACAGCUCCAUUAAGGCAGUGACUAAUUCCCUGUUGCCUCAUGUAGCAGAUUAUAUUAAUUUCCCUAUAGAUUUGACAUCUCACUUGCAGAAAGCCACGGCCUUUUCCCAAUUAGCGGGCUUCCCUCAGGUGCUGGGUGUUACCGAUUACACCAAUGUUCCAAUUCAACAUGCAGACACGUUUUUCAACCAGAGGUCCUUCCACUCAAUCAACUUGCAGGUGGUUUGUGGCCACAAGAAGAUCUCCCUUCAAGUGUGUGCAAAGUUCCUGGCAGCUGCCUUUGUGCUAAGGAGUUCCCAACUCCCUCAGCUAUUUCAGCCCCCAAAGCUGAUCCAUGGUCUGAUCCUAGGGGACAAGGGUUGCCCCGUUAGAACUUGGAUAUUUAUUCCCUUCAAGAGCUCAGAAAUGGAGGCACAGUCCAACUACAACAGCAGCUACAUCAUCACCAGAAGUACCAUCAUUGAGCAGGCAACUGGCUUUCGAAGGAUAUGCUUCAAGUGCUUCUAUUGCUCACGUGGAUCUCUGCAAUAUACCACAGCAAGUGUAUCAAGAAUAGUAGUAGUGUGUUGCAUGCUAUACAACUUUGUACAGUGGAGGGGCCUACAAAUCGAUGAUGAUGACACCAUGGGCAGAGCUCCACCCUCUGAGGAGGAGGACUAUGAGGAAGAUGAUGAUGAUAAGGAAGCCGCUGUACAUUUGAAAGUUUCCAAAAUGGUUGAGGGUGAGGAGGCCACCAAUGGGAGAGCAUCAGGGAGGCAUGACCAUGUAACCAGAGUUGAAGCUGUGUAG